ACAAAAAUUUUUUGACGUGAAAGUUUUUAUAACUGUACAUAAUCCAAUAUUGGAUUUUAUAACGCAUCUCUUUUUUAUGAAACUCGAUAAAUAAUUGAAUUAUCAAAUGCCGUAGUGUGUUGAUGGCGCCCGAUUAUACAAAAUUGAUUGAGAAGCUGUAAAUUAACUUCACCAUUGUAUAAUGCAAAGAAUUUGUAAUUAAAAUUAAGUAUAAAUAAUCAGCGUAAUUACAAUGUGCAAAUACAAUGCGCAAAAAAUUUUUUUUAAAGUGUACCACAGAGAUAGCAAUGCGGUAGCCAAAUUUUUCAGGUAUAACGUUUUAUCACAAAAAAUGGGACAUGGUUAAUAAUUGUAUUAAGCUUCAUCGUUAUUUGUCGUCAUCGUUAGAACUACUAUAAUAAUUUAUGUGUAAUUUAUUUGUACAUCGAAAGAACGAUUUUGUCAAGUAAUCUAAAAUUUUAGCUGGAUACAGAUUUGAAAACAAUUGUGAUACAUCAAAGUAAUCACGUUGAAUUAUCAAACUGGUUGCUAAAGUGUUAAAACUUUUUGCGACAUUGCUUAUCAUUGCUCGAACACAAGUCAUAAUUAUUUUAAUGGCCCAACAAAACUAUUUUCAGAUCUGGGCUCACCUAGACUUUUACUCAACAACAUCGUUCUUUCCGCGUACACGUAAAAAUAAUAAUUCUUUCUGGAAGAAUACACAAACGAGACCGAGCACAUGUGAAUGCCAAGCAAAUUCCUAACGGUAAGGAUGAUCACGUCGAUUCUGACACAAAUGUGGACGCCGUGCAGAUCGCGAUCGGCAAUCUCGGCAGGUGGCAAAUCGUCGUAUGCCUGGCGAUUUCUUUGGUCAAAUUUCCGGUAGCGUGGCAUCAGCUAGCGAUCGUUUUUAUGGCGCCUCAUCAAGAUUAUAAUUGCACGGAGCCUGCUAUUGCGGAGGAAUACUCCAAGGACCAAUGCACAGCCAAUCUUAACAACACAUUGGUAAAAUGUACAGAAUGGGAAUAUGACAGAAAAAUAUUUCCCGAGACCAUCAUAUCGCAGUGGAAUCUAGUCUGUGAUCGAACGCACUAUGCGAAUAUUCAACAGUCCAUCCUUAUGUUCGGAGUGCUUCUCGGAAACAUAAUCUUCGGCAGUUUAGCAGACAGAUAUGGCAGGAAAACGCCGCUGAUGGUUUCUGUUAUUCUUCAACUUUUGUCAGGUAUUGGAUGCGCCGUGGUACCUUGGUUUUAUGCAUUACUGCUGAUGAAGUUGUUAAGUGCCUUAGCUACCGGAGGCACAAUGGUUACUAGUUACGUUAUUUGUAUGGAAAUAGUAGGUACACAAUGGCGUGUCGCCAUCACCGUUUUAUAUCAAAUUCCGUUCAGUUUAGGCCACAUGUCGCUAGCAGGACUUGCGUUCUGGUUUCGACAUUGGCAACAACUACAGAUUGCCAUCACACUUCCAUCUAUUGUUCUUUUAAGUUAUUGGUGGAUAGUACCUGAAUCACCCAGGUGGUUAUUAGCUAUGGGAAAACAGAAAGAGGCAUGCGAAAUAUUGCAGAAGGCGGUCAAUAUUAAUAAAGUGGAAAAUUUAGACAUUCCCGAAGUAGUGAGAAAACAUUGUUUGCAUCAAAAUCUCAAAAAGUCUACGCUGGAUUACAAGGCUUCGUUUGUCGACUUGUUUCGUACGCCAAACAUGCGAAUCAAGUCACUUUCUAUUUUCUUCAACUGGAUCGUUUGCGGAAUGGGUUUGUUUGGCAUAUCGCAGUACAUUGGCCAGGUCGGUGGCGAUAUUUUCAUUAAUUUCGCAGUGUCCGGUGCCAUACAGAUUCCUGGCAAUUUCGUCGCUUGGUGGGCAAUGAAUACAUUAGGUCGACGGAUUACCCUGAUUUGCAGCAAUUCUAUAAGUGGCGUAGCAUGCCUAUUCUUAAUCGUCGUCUCAGACGAUAUGGCAUGGUUAAGACUGCUCUUGGUAUGCCUCGCUAUUGUCGGCAUGUCGGUGUCGUUUACAACAGUAUAUCUUUUCUCCGGAGAACUGUUUCCUACAGUCGUGAGGAACAUCGGAAUCGGCGCGAGUAGUAUGUGUGCUAGAGUAGGCUCUAUCGUGGCACCCUUCGUAGUAUCUUUGAAUUACAUCGAAACAUGGCUACCACCAACUAUAUUCGGAAUUUUGCCUCUAAUUGGAUCCGCAUUGUGCCUAUUAUUGCCGGAAACUGCCGAAUGUACAUUACCGGAAACGCUUCAAGAUGGCGAAGAAUUUGGAAAGAAGCGUAAGUUGAAAGAAAAACGUGGAGAUUGCGAAGCAGAAGCGACAUUCUAAAGAAAAUCUACCGUUACAAUGAAGUGUUAAAUAUUUCAAAAAAAGCACGUCCACGCGCGAACACACACACACACGUAUGUACGCACAUUGUAUCAAAUUAUGCCAAGUGACUCGAGUGUUAAUCGCGCCGUUGAAUCAAGUGUUAGUAUGAAGCAAACUGUGUGCGCAUAUUUAGAAAUUCUAUUUAUUAUAUUAUUUUUAUAAUGUUAACAAAAUUACCUCUAUAAUCAUUCAUCUUGUUUCUGGCUCAUAUUUUUCAUAAUAUUAUAAUUUAGAACUGAUAUAUAUAUUAUAUAGAGAAAAUAAAUAUAAUAAACAAUAUUUUUAGAAAAAUAUGUGACUCUAUCACUGUACUUUGCAAGAAAUUCAAAAACAAAGUUUAGCAGCAAGUAUUAAUUUUUACUGCCAAGCAAAUAUAUGAUGAUUAUUAAGUAAGAUGUACUGGACUCGCCGAAUGUACUGGAUUGGAACAAAAGGUUGCAGCGUUGUUUAAGUAAAAUUCAAAGACAGUGUUUAAAUAUUUGUACAUAGAUUUAUUUAACUACGUAUGUGCCACUACUUUUGUUCCAAUCUAAUAUAUAUAAAUAAAAAUUCUCUUUUGUAAGAAAAAUGUAUUUUUUAUUUAUUAAAAAUAUUUGGUAUAACUCAAA